AGCCGGCCCUUUCCGGGGGAGGCCGGCCGCGGGAGGGCGGUGGGAGGGCUCCGCUCAUGCUCCCUCGCUCCGGGGCAGCUCCGCGCGGUGACUCAUCGCGGGACGUGGAAAACACGCGCGCGGAGGCAGACGCGCCCGGAGGAGCGGGGGCAGCGCCGGCCGCCAGCCCGCAGGUCCAGCAGCGCUUGGCAUGUGGGCAUGGAGGGGCAGCACGAGCACCCGCAGCACCUGGGGGACCAGACCAGCGCACUCUGCAAGCUGCCAGGCCAGGACUUCCAGCACGACCCGCAGAGACAUUUAACGUCGUACCCGUAUCGCUGCACACUGGCAGACUUUCAGAUAGAGAAGAAGAUCGGGCGAGGACAGUUCAGUGAAGUUUACAAAGCAACUUGUCUUCUGGACAGAAAACCUGUGGCGUUAAAGAAAGUUCAGAUUUUUGAAAUGAUGGAUGCCAAGGCUCGGCAAGAUUGCAUUAAAGAGAUUGACCUCUUGAAGCAACUGAACCACCCCAAUAUAAUUAAAUAUUUGGAUUCUUUCAUUGAAGACAAUGAACUUAACAUUGUCCUGGAGCUGGCAGAUGCUGGUGAUCUCUCCCAGAUGAUAAAGUAUUUUAAGAAGCAGAAACGGUUAAUCCCAGAAAGGACGGUGUGGAAAUAUUUUGUGCAGCUAUGCAGUGCGGUUGAACACAUGCACUCCCGCAGGGUGAUGCACAGAGACAUAAAACCAGCCAACGUGUUUAUAACAGCCACAGGGGUGGUGAAGCUGGGAGAUCUUGGAUUAGGCCGGUUUUUUAGUUCUAAAACCACUGCAGCACAUUCCUUAGUGGGAACUCCAUACUAUAUGUCCCCAGAAAGAAUACAUGAAAACGGCUAUAACUUUAAAUCCGAUAUCUGGUCUUUGGGCUGUUUGCUGUAUGAAAUGGCAGCUCUUCAGAGUCCUUUCUAUGGAGAUAAAAUGAACCUGUUUUCUCUUUGCCAAAAAAUAGAGCAAUGUGACUACCCGCCUCUUCCAGCUGAACAUUAUUCUGAGAAGCUCCGGGAGCUGGUCAGCAUGUGCAUAUAUCCUGAUCCAGAUCAAAGACCCGACAUUGGAUACGUGCACCAAAUAGCAAAACAAAUGCAUGUUUGGACCUCCAGCACCUGAACCAUCUGCAGACACUCUCAAAAGCCAGCACAGCUUAGUCUUACUUGAAUUUUUUUUCUCAGAUGAAACCGACUGGUGCCUAGUCAGCAAGUGAGGGGAGCACUCGUAGCAGGAUGCUCCAUUAUUUCUGCAGGUUAUUUGACAAGGACUCUUACAAGGUGGUCAUGCUUUAAAGUGAAGAUUCUGUGAGGUAUUGCAAGUGAUUUUUUUUUAAGCCAAUAAGAUGUUACAGGUGUAGAUCAUUUAAGGGUCUUUUCUUAAACUGUCGUGUGUAAUCUAGGAUAGAUGAUAUUAACCGGGGUGUCAGCGUUGGGCACCCCUCCUCUAUCUUAACUGUAAUGUGAAAUAUUGAAAUAAUUCCUUCAGUGAAAUCACUUUAUACUAAUGUAAGAAUUACAGUAGGUUUUGUGUCGUUUGUAUAACUGCUACUUCGCCUCUUCUGCAAAUGGUUUAUAGCAAAUUUCAGUUUUUACUUUGUGUAUUUUAAAGCAUCCAUUUAUGUAUUUUUAUUAAUUCCCUCCUUCAGAUUUAGAAUGGGGAGCGGUUUGGGGGGUGGGAGGGGGUAAAAAUGCAUUUAUUUCAUGACUUUUUUUUUAACUGAAAACUUAGAGUGAGUCUUUUGCUGAUGCAUUUAGCUGUUAAUUCAGCCACUGAACUGAAUUCAGUGUACAGCUGGGGAAGAAAACCCACAAAUCCUGUGCAAACCAGUCCACAGAAACGUGCUUCAGCAGGGCCUUUGUGAGCACCUGACUGUCACGACUUGAGACUGCAGGUUGCUAUAAAAGCAGUGUUUCUCUGCCCCAGCUGGAUUUUUGGGAAGAUGCUUGUACACGUUCAGUAGUGUGUUAGGUACCAGUAGGCAGAACUUUACACAAAGCAGUGUUUGAAACUCUUUGAGACAUACAGAAACCAAGUCAGUCCAACGCUCUGUGUGGCCAAUUCCACACCAGGAUCAGCCCCGUCUACUUAACUGUGAAAGCUGAUUUAGAAUGUGAAUUUUUAUAAAAAUCUCAAGCUGAUUAGAGGGGGUCAUCUUCUUAAAUUAAAACUUUAAACCAACUAAAUUCAUUCAUUGAAUCAAUGAUUUGUUUCGUUACUGCCGAUGCUUCAGGAGCAGCCCUGGGCAGUGUUUGCAGCGUGAGCCGGGGAGCAGAGCAGCUGCUGCAGUGUGGGAGCAGCUCUGCUGCGCUGAUGCUGAGCUGCAGGCUGGGUGCUGCAGCCAAGGUGCAGCCUCUGCCUCUUUUGGUUUUCUUCAAGAAAUGAAUGCAAGCCUGAACUUUUUUUUUUCAGUAAGAUUAGGGUUAGAGGGUUAUUUACUCAUAUAUGCUUUUAGUGGAUUUUUUAACUUGAUUUUUUCUACUUAAAGGAAAAUUGCAGUGCCAUCUUCAACUACCUUCCACCAAAUUUUGCAUAUUUUUAUAGGGUAGCAAGGAGAACUACUAAUUGCUGUGAACUAUGUUGGUAUCAUUAAUGCAAGGUGCCAUUUUAUCGUGGCUUCUUAGCAGGAAGCUGAGUCUGCUGCUCUCCUGAGAGCCUGAGGAAAUUCAAAUCAGCACGAGAAUGGAGGAGAGGCAGCACGUUGCUUCCCACAUUCCCAUGCCAACUUGUUUAAUUUAUAGCCAUCUUCUUUAGCAGUUCUUAGGCAUAAGUCUUCAGACCGUCACCUUUACACUGCAGGUUUCCUUUAAGCCAUGGCAGCAGUGGGCCGGGCCGGCUGUGCUGUGCUGCUGGUAGUGGAGGAGGACCAGCAGAGGGGCUCUGCCUGCGGGGCACAGCUCAAAGUGCAGCGCCUCGAGCGCUCCGCUGUCGUGCUAGAUAAAAUUUAUUAGUGCCUAUAAGUAAAUGUAUUUCAAAAGGUAAUUUUUUUUGCAAUUGUGCAUUUUUAGAUAAAUAAAAAAAAAAUGAUUUACAAAAUAAACACCUUUGUUUAAAAAAGAAAAAAAGGUUCAGUAUUAAAGGGGAGAACAUUAAAACAUCGCUGCAAACAGGUGCGUGAGGUUUGCUAACAGCUUUGUGGGUGUGUGGGUACUGGAUGGAAUGGGGGAUGUCAGCUGCCAGCACUGCUCCUGAUGGAAACCUCACUGGGGAACAGCGCAGCUGCAGGCUGCUGAGAUGGAGGGCUGCACCACACAACCUUCUGAGGCUGAGCGUAGCCUCAGCCCAACCCUUUGAGAUUUUCCUUCUUAGGAUGUAAAUGCAAAACACAAAAUGAGUUUAUCUCAAAUAGGAGAACAAGCUCAGGGCUCUAGGAUGCGGCCAAGUGUAAAUUUGCAGAAAACUUCAGGUAAGUAACAAGACAGUUAAGGCUUUUCAGUUGUGUUUUUUUUGUAGUACUUAGAACAUUUUAUACAAGGUGGAGGCUGGAUCUGAUCAGUAGCUUGUCCCUAUCUACAGAAAAUAGGGAAGAAGGGAUG